CAGAUCGGGUAGCUUUGAGCGGGGUUUGCUACUGUGGCUGAAUCGGGAAGUAAAAGAUUCCAAACCACUCAAUUUGUAACAAAAGCGCCUAAAGGCGCAUGCGUAGUAAGCAUCAAACUUUAAAACGAGUAGGUCUUUACCUAUGUUUUUAAAACUGAAUUGAUUAAGCGCCAGGAAAAUGACUUCAUUCUCAGAGGUGAAAGUGAAGAUACCAUUUGGGGAUAAACAUCUGGAUGGAAUGAUUUCUCUCCCAAUCAAAACUUUUACUUAUGGAGUUAUACUUACCCAUGGAGCGGGAGGAGAUAUGAAUUUUUCUCACCUGGUAUCGGUGGCAUCUUACCUUGCUUCUCAUGGAAUUCUUUGUCUACGAUUCACAUGUAAAGGACUCAAUCUCGUUUACAGAGUGAAAGCUUAUAAUGCUGUUUUGGAAUAUAUAAGCUCCUCAAAAGACUAUCCAUUAGAUGGUGUUUUUCUUGGUGGACGUUCUAUGGGUGCAAGGGCAGCUAGUAGUGUUGUCCAACAGAGCUGUCAAAACAUAUAUGAUGGCUUCAUUCAAGGUCUGCUUUGCCUGUCAUAUCCUCUUCAUCCUCCUAAGCAGAAGAACAAACUUCGGAGUGAAGAGUUACUUCUCAUCAAGCACCCUGUACUUUUUGUGUCAGGAUCAGCUGAUGAAAUGUGCGAAAAGAGUCUGCUAGAAGAUGCAAUAGGAAGAAUGCAAGGACCUACAGAAGUUCAUUGGAUUGAAGGAGCAAGUCAUGGGAUGGAAGUGAAAGGACGCAAAGCAGAGGACGUUCUCUCUGAAAUAAAUGCACAAGUUUUGUCAUGGAUUGAAAAACUUGUAAGGCCAAUGAAAAACUGAGAAGAGAUAUGUACUGUGGCAGUAGCAGAGUUGUUAGCUUCUCCUUGAAUUAAACUAAAAAAAUACUAUUAUAUCAAGCAGUCCUAGAGUAUAUUAAUAUUUCUGACUGAAGCACGUUCAGAGAUUCCCCUGACAAUGGUUUUGUGAAGAAGAAUCCUUAAAUUCUCAUGCCACAUCAGAGCUAACACUAUUGGUUCAGUUAUUAUGAUUGUGACUGCUGAUGUGUUCUCUGCUGUAGAAACAUAAAUCCAUCUGGACUUCUGCCUACCAUGUAUCCUUAUAAUGACUGACAGUCCUUAAGUGUUGCCUUACAUGAAACAAAAUUCUGACAUAUUAGUUUCUGUUUAUGUGUAAUUCAUUAUGUUAAUCUGGUGCCUCUAGCUUUCGCUGUGAUAAUGCCAUAUCUGUUGUUUUGCAGAUUUGUUUUCAGCUGCAGUAUCGUACCAUGUUGGUAAUAGGUGUGUAACUGCUUGUAAGUAAUGGUGGUCCUUAUCAGAGAUAUCUUUAGUCCCAACAAAUGCUGUUUUUAUACUUAUUUUAUCCUUCUUUCCAGUGAAAGUGAGCUUUCAGGCCUAUGAAGUUACCUAGCUAAUGUUUUACAUAAGUAAGCAACAGAUAGGUGGUGGAAAAUAUUGUAGUAGUAUUUUUGCACUCAUUUUGGCUCUUCACAGCUCCCAGGACCUCUCCUCAUCCACUGAGUCUACCAAACCUGCCUUAGCCUUCGUCAGGCUAUUCCCAGUCCAUGUUUAGGGCUGGUGAAGGGUACCUGAGGCAGUAUCAUACUGUUGCUGGGGAGUGUUUUUUCCUAACAUUCCACACCUUACUCACACUUGCCCCAUCCCCAGGGGCUGAUGUGCUGUGGGCUGUGCAGCAUUUUGUCCAUGCCUCUGAGUGUGACUCAACCUGAGCCGUGCCCCCCCCCCCAGUACAAAACUGUGUGCAAGUUCCUGACCUCUGCCAGAAGUCUUGAGUGGUGCUGUGUCUGAGUGCACCUUCCGAGGAUGGGCAUGCCUAUCUGCCCUGCCUGUGCUGUCAAGCUGCCAAGCUCUUGAGCCAGUAAUUCAACCUGGGUCACAUGGGCCAUAAUUAGGGCUUUAUCCCUGUAUGUCAUUAGCACAGGCUGGUAUUGUAGAAGCAUUUUAAGGUAAAAUGAGCUUGAGACUCAGCUGCAAGUCUAUACUGGGUUCCCACCCUGGCAUUACCAGCAUAACCUGAUUUUUUACGACACUUUUGCUGUCUUAAAAUGACCAGGUUUGUAUAUCAUUUGGUCUCUCUACUUCAUAUUCUUUGGAUUUCAUUUUAAUUUCACUUAUUUAUAAUUUUAAAACUUGUAGUCAUAAAACCUGUUUUCAAAGUAAAAACUUUGUGUUACAGAGACAUAAACAGUCAAUGUAACACACCCUAAAAUAUGAAUGACUUUUUAAAACUUAUACUAUUGCAGUUAAAAGAUACAUAUCUAAAAAAUAUUCUGAGAAAAUAAAACAGUUCCUUAUACUAAUUUUUGGCACAGUGUAACCAGCCAAGGAGACUUUUAAACCACUUCUACUGUUUCCAUUUCUGAGGAGAGAAUGUAACUUGAGGAGCAGUGGGUAAAAAAUAAUUUGACAUUUUAUAAAGAUUUGUUUUUAUAUAAAUCCUGGUUAUGCAAGAAUAAUUCAUUAGAAUUUUUAUAUAAGCAGUGGCAAGCUAGCUAAUUUCUAUUAGUCAUAAAAUGCUGGAUGAAAAGGGUAAACUGCACUUAAUAUGCCAGCCAUACUUUGAAUACAGACAGAUUAGAUUAGUAAAUUGUAAGUCAGUAAUCUAAAAUAACAGAGAUUUGCCUAGAAGAUUUUUUUGUAUUUCCAAACACCAUUUUAAAGGGUUACACUGUGCUAACUUCAUGUACAUCUUUUUGCUAACAAGGUCCAUGUGAUUAGAAAGUGUAAGUUAACAAUUCAUUUGCGCACCUAAGUAGGAAAUUACCUCUUUCUGUUUCAUAGUUCAUUGUCUUUACCCACAUUAUUUAAUUCUGACAGUUAUAAAAAGCAAAACAUUCAUUUGUUUUGUUUAAAAAUUAACGUGUCUAUCAGCUGGUUCAUACAAGUGGACUGUAAUAUUCUGAAAACUUUCUGUUCAUCAGAAUGACUAAUGAAUAAUAUGAUGUCAUGUAUGUAAACACAUUCAUUUGCUUUAAGGCAUCCUUAUUACUAAUAAAUACAAAAAUAAAAAAAAAUGCUACUACUACUGUUAAUAAUAAUAAUAAUCAUAAUAAUAAUAAUAAUAAUGGGACCUAAAAGUGACCUGUCAUGUGUUUACGUUUUAUUGUUUUUCAGAAAAAAAAGAUUGCCAUAAUUUUAGUGACGCUUUUCAUGGCAUACAUAUACAAGGAAAUCCUGUUGAAGACAUACUUAGUUGCAGAUCUUAUAAGGACAUUAUGAUAUCACUUUAUAUAACUAAAGUAAAAGCUUUUAUCAAAUCAGUAAUAUUGUUGCUUCUGUUUCAGAGUCGCAUGAUUAUAUGUAAAUGUAGGAGAGUGAUCAGUACUAUUUCACUACUAUAGUCUGUUUUAAAUCUGUGAUGAAAAUCAUGCUAAAGUGAAUGCUUCUGUUAAUACUCAUUUAACUGACUUGACAUAAUCUACUUUUGUAUUUUAGCUAAAGGAUGAAUUAUAUUCUAAUGCUGUCUGUAAAUUAUCUUAAUUUCACUUUCAGAGUUUGUCAUCAUACAUCUUGCUUGAGCAUCCUAUGUAUAAUUUUCUUUAGCUUUUCUGAUGCUUUAAACUACAAACAAAUUUUGAGUUGAUGGGUUGGGGAACUUCUGUAGUGAGUCCAGACAGGGGGUUUAUCUUGUCUUCUGUUGACUGCAGUGUUGUAUGCAUGAGAC